AUUAUAAUGUUAAUUCUGCUCGAAAUAAUGUCACUAGCUCGUACUAUGAAAAAUUUUCUGCGAGAUCGCGUAUAGUUGCGCGAGUUGGCCAUUACUAUCCUGGAGCAUUAUUUCAUGACAAUAU